AUGACUUGGCUUAAACAACGCAAAUCCGAAUCCGGAGGUGGAGCGACACGAUCAAGCACAAACGCUGACACCUACGCAUGGCUCGCCAAUUGUUUAUAUUUCUUCCAAGUGACCAAGGUGUUUCCGAAGCCACCGAGAUACGAGCAGAAAGACAAGGAAGCUACUAUCAUGAGCCUUGGCGAUAUUCAACCAAAUGCCACAGACGAGGAGCUGUGA